AUGCUUAAGAAGUUUGGAGUCCAAGGCGUCAAAGUUCAGGAGAUAGUUUCGUUAGAUGAUGAGAUACUUGCAUUCCUGCCUCGACCCGUCUAUGGAUUGAUCUUCCUAUUCAAAUGGAUUGAGGAGGACUCCGAGAAGCAAGAGCAAAGUUGUCCCAAAGGUGUUUGGUUUGCCAACCAAACCAUCAACAAUGCGUGUGCGAGUGUUGCAUUGCUGAACAUUGUCAACAACGUUCCAAGCAUUGACUUAGGGGAAAGUCUUCAUGCAUUCAAGAUGUUUACCGCCAAUUUCACCCCAGCUUUACGGGGUGACGCUAUAGGGAAUUUCGAUUUCGUCAAAGAAGUCCACAACUCAUUUGCUAGACAAAAGACCGAGACUCAGAGUAUCGGCAGGAAAAUGGACAUGCUGAAUGCAGACCUCCUCCUCAAGAAUGAAGCUACAGCGAAGAAAGGUAAGAAAAGAACAACAGAUCAGGACGAGAGCGAAGGGGGUUUUCAUUUUAUCGCCUUCAUGCCUAUCGACGACCAACUUUGGAAGCUUGAUGGACUUGAACGCCAACCAAUGAGUCUCGGCUCAGUGCAGGGUGACUGGCUCAGUCAAGCAAAGCCCGACAUCGAGGCUCGUAUGGCCCAGUAUGAAGAGGGACAGAUCGAAUUUGCCAUUCUAAGUCUCGUCCGGGAUCCGUUGCUCGAGACAAUUCCUGCUCUCGCUAAAAACGUAAAAGCCAUCAAUGCAUUAUCGAUUCGGUUGGACAUUGUCAAGCCGGGAUGGAAAGACUUCGUCGACUCCUCGACCAACGGUGAAAUUGCGGGAACAGAUAGCUUGAUCGGUAACACCAACUUGGCUUAUGGCCUCACGCAAGAGAUGCUUGAUCAGGCUGAACAGUCCCAAGCUGUGAUGGCUCUCUGCCUAAGUGAUAUCGCAUCAGAUAUCCUCGGGCACCGUGAGCAAUUGGUCACCACACAAGCGGGUUUACGAAUGUCGAUCAGAGAAGAGAUGCAAUCAAAUCAGUCGGACGAGGAAAGAGCUGCAGCUCGAACCUGUGAUUACGGAGCAAGGAUGCAAAGAUUCGUGAGAAAAAUGAGGGUCAGGCAGCAGUCAUCAAAAGAAGCGUAG